AUGGAGCACAAUCACAUGUUGCCCCGGCCGGCUAACCGCGCGCCCUCAGCCGGCCUCGAUCAGAAGCCCGACCUAUACCAACAGGACCGUCGCCAGACACCCUCGUCUGAUGUCGCAGCUGUCUUCCAACCAUUCGAUCGCCAAUUCAAACUCCCCUUGUACCCGCCGCCGCCGUCGUAUUCGCAGACGCACGCCGACCGCAAGUCGCCUCUGCCCUUCCCGGACGCUCCCAAGACGGAGCUGCCUCCCAUCAAGUUGAUGCGGGCGGGUCAGAAUGACAAGAAGAAGGAAUACAACACCUUGCCGUCGCUGUCGUCCCUGACAGUCUCAUCGCCGAAAUCCAUGUAUACUAGUCCAUCACCACAGCCUCAGUCCCGGCCGACGAUACCGCCAGCGCCGACCUACGCUCCUCCUCCACCACCCCCGGCGCGGCUUGAACCCGUCCGGUGGCCGACGCUCAACCCCUUGUCCGCAUACUACACGCCUAGUCAUGCGGAGGGCCUGGAGGCUCCGCUGCGCAUGGACGAGGACUCUCCCAACAGUAGCGCCGCCAGCGCCGCAUCGCCAGAACAGGCCGACCCCGGCCGGUCGAGCAGCGUCAGUCUCGACGACCCCGAUGUCAGGCUAGCCGCCGAGGCUUUAGGGGACUUGCGGGCAGACUUUGUGUCGUCACCACAGAACAGGAGUGAUUCCACCCCGGCGACUCCACGGUCACGGUCGCGAGCAACACCUGAGCCGCUCCUUCAACUACUCACCACGAACCAUCCUUUAAUUGGGAACGUCAUCGAGGGCACACAGUCGGCGUAUGUGGCAUCUAAAAACUAUUCACCACGGUUCAGGACGAGCGCAGAGUACGUCGAGGGCUAUGUAACACCAGUUGUCAACACGGUCGGAUCUGUGGGACGGGUCACUGGCGUUGAGGGUAGUGUCCGUUGGUUCUUGGGCGGCGGCAAGAGGCACAAGUCCCAAAGUUCGAUGGAUUUCGAGAAUGGCUCCAACAAGCGAAGAAAAGGAAACGCCGGGUCGGAAACCUCGAUGGGAGACGAUGAGGAUGACGAGACCAUGUCUGGUGCAGCAACACCCAGACCGACGGACGAUGUUGACGACAGGCGGUUAUCUCUCGCGAGUACCAUCAACACCAUCGACACUUUACCCGCCUAUGACGAACACAGGUCGCCGGCGUACGAACCCACAGACACACGAUCCCCCACUGCUUGGCAGUCCCGGCUCAUCAUGUCAACGUCUGGCCUGAGUAUCGCCAUGAGCUUUGAGAGUUUGCGCAGCCUCAAAUACUGUCUCGGGUGGCUGCGAUGGGCGAACACAUAUAUCAGCCACAGACUCAACUCAUUGAAGUCGGCACUUGAGAAAUACGACAGCCAAGAUGCGUCGGCAGGCUCCAGCUCGUCGGACACCGAGAGCAAGCAGCAGAUUGCCGAGAGAAUCGCGGGUUACAAGGCUGACGUGCUCAGGACCCUCCAGCAGGUGAUCAGCACGGUUAGCAAAUAUGCCGGUGGAGCCCUCCCUGACAAUGCACGGGCUCUCGUGAGACGCCAUCUCACUAGCCUGCCGCAGCGCUUCCGCGUCGCUGCCAUGGCCGACGAGAACCAGCAGGGACUGGAAGCCCAGAGCGCAGCCGAGGCUGGCGAGGCUCGAGACAAGGAGUUGCGCGAAGGCGCCAACAGAGUCAUGUUGCUCGCCAAGGAGGGCCUGGACAUGAUGUCACAGGUGUCUGGAGUCCUGGACGGCACUAUCGUGAGUGCCGAGGAGUGGUGCGAACGACUGGGCAAAAAGAAGCGAGAGGAGAAGGAGGCGUUACUAGACGGCCGCCCAGGCUUUCCUCAAUACCCGUUGGAGGAUGUAAAAAUGGGUUGA